CUCAAAAACCCUAGAAAUCCUCUUCUAUUCCAUCACUCAUUGCGCAUCCACUUCAACCCUAGCAUAGAAGGAACCCUUUCGUUUUUCUGUGAUCUGCAUCUGGAACAAGGCAAAGAUGCAGAUCUUCGUGAAGACUUUGACUGGGAAAACCAUCACGUUGGAGGUGGAGUCCUCUGACACCAUCGACAACGUGAAGGCCAAAAUCCAAGACAAGGAAGGCAUCCCUCCGGACCAGCAGCGACUCAUCUUCGCUGGAAAACAGCUUGAGGACGGCCGCACUCUCGCGGACUACAAUAUCCAGAAGGAGUCAACCCUCCACCUGGUGCUUCGCCUCCGCGGUGGUGCUAAGAAGCGCAAGAAGAAGACCUACACCAAGCCUAAGAAGAUCAAGCACAAGCACAAGAAGGUGAAGCUCGCUGUACUCCAGUUCUACAAGGUCGAUGACUCUGGUAAGGUUCAGAGGCUACGCAAGGAGUGCCCCAAUGCUGAGUGCGGUGCCGGAACUUUCAUGGCCAAUCAUUUUGAUAGGCACUACUGUGGUAAGUGCGGACUCACCUAUGUCUAUCAGAAGGCCGGUGGUGACUGAUUGAUUGUGGUCGGUUGUUUUUACAAUUAGGAUUUUCCUAAAUGUUUUGCUUUAAUAAUUGUUGGACCUAAUUAUAUCGAAUGGUACUUUUAUAAUUUUUGAAUUUUGUGGUUCAUAUGUUUCUUUUGAUGUGUUUGAUUUUGUCUGA